AUGGUUCAACAUAUGAUAGAGAGAUGCAUUCUACUCCGUAUGACUCGUGACGAAUGCGUCAAGGCGUUAGACCAUCACGCAAGCAUUCUACCACUCGUUACGCUCACUGUUUGGAGAGGACUUCAAAGAGAAAAUAAGGACUUCUUUGAAACGUAUGGGCAUUUCGUCUCUCCUAGGCCCUUCUUAAGCUCUCAGCAUCUUCGAGUCGUUGAGAGGAUGCGUUAGAAGAGAGUCUCCUCUGAAUCAUCGGAACAAAAUAGUCUUCGAAUCUCCAAGACUCUAUUGACUGGCCAUGGCUGCUGAUACCACAGCUUCAAGUUACUGGUUGAAUUGGAGGGUCCUCCUCUGUGCAUUAAUCCUCUUAGCUCCACUAGUUUUAGCAGCUGUUCUCAUUUGGAAAUAUGAAGGCAAGAGAAGAAGACAACGCGAGAGCCAGCGAGUAUUACCCUGGACAUUGUUCCAAGAUGAAGCUUGGACCACAUGUUUUAAAAGAAUCCACCCUCUUUGGUUGCUUGCCUUUAGAGUAUUCUCAUUUGUUGCAAUGUUGACUCUACUCAUUUCCAAUGUUGUGCGAGAUGGAGCCGGCAUAUUCUACUUCUAUACUCAGUGGACGUUUACUCUUGUCACACUCUACUUUGGGUAUGCUUCAGUGUUGUCUAUUUAUGGAUGCUGCAUUUACAAGAAAGAAGCUGGUGGAAACAUGGAGAGUUAUACAAGUAUAGGUGACACGGAACAAGGCACUUAUAGACCACCAAUCGCCCUUGAUGGGGAGGGAAAUACGUCAAAAUCAUCCAAUAUACAUUCAGAAGCACCCGUCCGGGAAACAGCGGGGUUUUGGGUUUAUACCUUUCAGAUCCUUUUCCAAACUUGUGCGGGUGCUGUUGUGCUAACAGAUAUCGUAUUUUGGGCGAUAAUCUACCCGUUUACUAAAGGUUACAAGCUUAGUUUUCUCGAUGUUUGUAUGCAUUCUCUCAAUGCUGUUUUUCUCGUUGGUGACACAAGCCUCAAUUCCUUGCGAUACCCUCUGUUCCGGAUCUCUUACUUUGUACUUUGGAGCUGCAUUUUUGUAGCUUACCAAUGGAUAAUCCAUGCCAUCAAGAACUUAUGGUGGCCAUACCAAUUUCUUGAUCUUUCGUCACCAUAUGCACCCUUAUGGUACUUGGGAGUGGCUGUGAUGCAUAUACCGUGCUUUGCGGUCUUCGCUUUGAUCAUAAAGCUGAAGAAUCACUUGCUGCAGCGUCACAACUCGUAAUAGUUUUGGUUUGCCCGAAUUCAGUUUUCAUCUUCUAUUUUUUGAGAUUCUUGUUCACUAGAGAAUAAUAACACACAUGAAGA